GCUGCAAUUCAUCUCAUCUUAACUGCUACUGAUAUUCAUCCACCUCUCGUUGAAAUACUGUUAUCAAAGAGAUACAGGUCAGUUGUUGAUUGACUCUGUCUAUGCCAUGCCAUAAAAAAUACACAGCCAAUCAGGAUACAGUAAAUCCCUUGUAUAUUCUACAGUAUUACACCCGAUCUUCUUCUGACAGAUCAAAAAGUUGAUAUUUUCAUUAAAGAAUAAAGAAUACCAAGAACAGUAAAAAGGCUCAUUUAGAUGUUAACAAGUUUUUCAAGCCCAUUCAGGAGCGGCCUGGUUCGGAUAUUUUUCCCAGUUCAGCGUGCAAAUAAAGUAGUGUCCAAUAGCCCGGGGCUAGUGAAUUUUGCUAUUGGGCUAUUGAAUUCCGUUUUUAACUUGCCCGAUGGGCAAGUGAUGUUUUUUGAGGAAUUCGAAUAACAGAAGAACUGUGAAAUCAAUUCUGCUAGUCAAGACGUUUUUUGGGCUAGUUGAAAUGACGUCUGAGCUAGGAGAAUUGCUAGCUUCAGCUUGCCUGAAUGGCAAGCUGUAAAAAUUAUUUUCUUUGUACCCUGCAGUUGAAGUAGUGUUUAAAACUUAGUUAAAUUAAGUAUUAUUUUUGGUUAUACAUUACUGACAGUGUCUACUGUGUGUUUCAGGGGCUUGAAAGCUUACCUCAGCAAAUGGAAAUUUAGGGGAUUUGACAAUCACGUCAGGAGGCUGGUGGCAUUAUUAGAGGCUGGCUCCAUUGCUCAAGCAGAACAACUGGUAUAAAUAUCAACUCCCUCUACUCACUGCUGUUUAUUAAGUUACAUGACCAAAGUACAUGUACAUCAUAUACUCUAUUGGCCACAAAAUUACUUGAGUCACUUUGCCCUAAAGGGGCUUUCUGAUGUUUUACUGACUUCAAAAGCGGAAAAUAAAGCUUUUCCUGCCCCAUUCCCUCCAUGCAAUGUUGUGCCGCUGUUCGAGCCACCUAUAGAAAACAACAAACACCCCAACUUUGAAUGGAGGGGAGAGGAGAAGGGCGUGGACUCUUUUGUUCUCAGAAGUUACCCUAUUUGAGUACAAUUUUGUCGCCGGUUGUAGGCUCUAAGCUGGAGGAUGCUUCCCCCCCCCCCCUACUUACAAGUGGAUCCACAGCAUAGCAAGUUCUGAAGUGGAAUAGUAAAAUCUCCUUGGGAAUGUUGAAGUUUGUGGUUUUGAAUGUAUGGAUUACCACCUGUGUUUCUAAUAGGCUCGUUUUGGUAAAUACAAUUCAUCAAGUGUUAAUAGCAAGGCUGAAGGGAAAUGAGAAAGAAAGCAAAAUAAUAUUUUUGUUUGAAUUCUUUGUUUGUGUCAAUUUGACCUUGCUAUCUAAUUGAAUUUUGAUCUUGUCAACUGACCAUACAACAUGUCUUUUAGUCUAAAAAACAUGUACCAGAGAUAAAAAAUAAUCACGUUUGUUUCUUUGUGUAGAGAUUAAACCGAGCAGCUACUGUCAUCCAAGCAUUUUACCGUGGCUUAAUGCAACGGAGGUCCCUCAGACAUGCUGAAUGGGGAAUCAUACUUCUUCAAAGAAAAUUCAGACAAAGACAGCUGGACAAAGAGCAAAGGAGAGCCAAAGAAAAGAAACAGGAACAAGACAAACUUGUGCUAGAACAGAAGAGAAUCAGUGAAUUUCGCUCAUCCAUGAAGAAGCAGUUGAAGAUGUUAGAGAGUGUACCAGCCAGGGAAGUUAACUUAUACAUGGCUGACCAGCAAGUUCAGGCAGCAAGUAAGAUUCAAGCAGCAUUCCGUGGAAUGGUGGCAAGAAAAAGGGUCAAUAAAAGAAGAAAUGAAGUUAUGCGAGAUAGAGCUGCCAUUACAAUACAACGACAGGUAACUGUUACAUGAGAAAGAUGUCUUUUGAUUCAGUGACACAGGCAGCUCGGAAAAAAAAAUCCAAAUACUCCCAACAGCAGGCGAACCUAAACCCUCUGGUUUACUAGUUCGGAUGCUCUACCACUGAGCCACAUGGGACUCAUGUGUGCUGAGGCCACUAAACUAGGUUCAUGCGACAAACAUCCUGCAUACUGCCAGGACUGGAAUGUCUAGUGCUGGGCUUGACAAGCUGCGAGCCAGCGAGCUACAAACUGUAUGCAAGCCACGCGAGCCAUCGGUAGAAAUAAAGUAAAAACUGCAAAUUUACAGAUUAGGAGUUGAGCUACUGUCUAGGGUUAAGCACUCAUUGUACUGAUUAGGGUUAAGCACUCAUUUUACGGCUAGGGUUAAGUGCUGUUUAGGGUUAAACACUUAUUUACAACAGUUAGCUUUCUGUUAAUGUUUUCCAUUACUGUUUUUGAUUUUUUUGUAUUUCAAUCUUUUAAUGAGUCUUCAAUGGACUGCAUGGCUCACAUAGCUCGCAUUUGCGAUGAUUAAAAUGUGAUGGUGAAUUUUAAGCCUUGUUAACGUACAAAAAAGAUGUUUUUCCUGUCAGAGACACAGGCGCCUCUGAAGAAAACAUCGGAGCACUCCAAAGACUGCUAAUAAACUGAUGUAUGAGUUGUUUCAUCUGUGAGGAAAUAGCGUUCAUCUUUUAUUUAUUUUUGUUUUACUUCUUUGUUGAACAAGAAAAUGGCAGAGGGGUCUUUGUUCUCUGUUAUAAAUUGCAAUGGUAAUACUUGGGCAUUACAGCAAAGAGUAUGCAAAAUGUAAGUGGUACAAAAAACCCUUGGUCAUUUUGUCUUACAUUUUUGAAAUUUUUGCUUUUCAUUUUCCAUGUUUCUUUAGUUUCGCCGUUAUCAGAAACGCUUGGCAGAUAGUAAAGCACCAUACCCUGUUGUUCCUGGGUUGACUGAUUCAAGAAGGGCAGAACUCCAGAAUGCAAUUGCUGACCGUCGUCAAAAGUAUCCAGUAUGUGUUUAAUCCCAGUCAGUAAACGGUGGAGAAUUGAUAAUUAAUAGUGUCAAAAAACUAAAAUUAUCUAUCAAUUAAAAAUUGUUGGAUUGGAUGGGUUAAUCAGAGAGAGUAAUACGAAAGAACACUUUUAAAAAUCAGUUUGCUUUUUAAAAAUAUCCAGACUCAAAAGUUAGAACCACCUUGUACAACAUAAUAAGCAGUCCCACAGAAAAGUACUGCUUAGUAGCUUCAUUUGAAUGGUGACAAUAGGAUUUCAUCCACAGACUCAAAAGUUCUUUAGGACCUUUUUGUAUAAUAAACUGCACCAACUGCACCACAAUUAACUACUGCUCAGUAGCUUUUAUGGCCACACUUACCUGNUUUUCAUUUUCCAUGUUUCUUUAGUUUCGCCGUUAUCAGAAACGCUUGGCAGAUAGUAAAGCACCAUACCCUGUUGUUCCUGGGUUGACUGAUUCAAGAAGGGCAGAACUCCAGAAUGCAAUUGCUGACCGUCGUCAAAAGUAUCCAGUAUGUGUUUAAUCCCAGUCAGUAAACGGUGGAGAAUUGAUAAUUAAUAGUGUCAAAAAACUAAAAUUAUCUAUCAAUUAAAAAUUGUUGGAUUGGAUGGGUUAAUCAGAGAGAGUAAUACGAAAGAACACUUUUAAAAAUCAGUUUGCUUUUUAAAAAUAUCCAGACUCAAAAGUUAGAACCACCUUGUACAACAUAAUAAGCAGUCCCACAGAAAAGUACUGCUUAGUAGCUUCAUUUGAAUGGUGACAAUAGGAUUUCAUCCACAGACUCAAAAGUUCUUUAGGACCUUUUUGUAUAAUAAACUGCACCAACUGCACCACAAUUAACUACUGCUCAGUAGCUUUUAUGGCCACACUUACCUGUACAGAUUUUACCUUAAAGAGUCUGUGAAGUGUUGUGUCAUUUAGGCCAACAGUUUCAAGGCUCGAAAUAAGAAGAGUUACAUUUUCGUUUUUGUUCUUGUUUGUAGCCAAAGCACAGAACCCAAGAUGAGCUCCAAGAGCUACAUGAUAAGGUACUACUAUAUAAGCUGUAUUCAACCGCCAUUAAGCAGUCAUCCUCAGGGUACUGACAAGUGGCCCCUAAAUGAAGACUGGCUGCUCAAUAGACGUUCAUUUGUUAAAGCCUGGUUCUCAUGUACCACCAAUGCACCUGCGACGUAGCCGCUGGUACUGCCUGGGCUACUUCUCGGACGAGUGAGAACAUGCACCGCCAACAACUUGGGACACCGCAGAGCUUUACCGCCGGCAUGCCUGCAAAGUUGAACUCAAGUCAACUUUGCAGGCAUGCCGGCAGUAAAGACUGGAAUGAUCAAUGUUGCCAGCCACUUCUGUUCUCAUAUCAGAACAGUAUUCCAAGCUCUAAUGGCAGCCAUGUCGCAGGUGCAUCGGCGACAUAUGAGAACCAGGCUUAAGCAGAAUCAUCACUUUUAUAAUUUGAAACAAACACGUGGCAGUAGUGGCAUUACUGGUCCACAAUCAACUGUCACGUUGUAUCUCAAACUGUAUUUUCCGUCAUAAAGUCAAACUAAGUGUAUCAAGUGCUUGAUGGCCACUUAAUGGAGGUGACAGCAAAAAGAGAACUCUUCAAAGGAUGGCCAAAAGGUAGCCCUGGCCAUUUUGUAGAGAUUUAACUUACAAUAAUUUAUUUAAUUUCUGCAAUCAGAACUUUGAUUACUGGUUCAUGCUUUUAAGCAGAGGCCUGCUGAGGGUGGCUGCUUUUGAAAUAGGUGGCGGCUAAUGGAGGUUCAACUGUUAUUUGACUUGUUAGCCUCAACACUGUCAAAGAAAAUGUAUGAUAAGACUGUGGCUAGUGGAGCGAUAAGUACUGUAGUGUUGAUCUCUUCAUUUGCAUAUUAAUUUGAUUUUUUUUCUUUGAAAGGCUUUUUCCUUACUUGCCAAUCACAUGUUGUCUAACAUGAAGAUACGAAAGACUGAGCAAAGGAGAGAAGGACUGCUGGCCAGACUGAAUGUGGAUGCAGAUCAGCUGCUUGGUGAGCAAAAUCAUUAAUUUGUAUGUGCUUUGCAUUAAGUUUUAUUUGAGGCUUACAUUUUGUUAGCCUGUGUUUAUCACCCCACCCCCUCUCUGAUUUUUUCCUGAGGGGAAGGGGGUUCUGUACAGAAGCUAUCAUUUAGUAAACUUGAGCAUCACAAAGAUCAGUGUUCUAUUCCCGGUCAAGCGGGGAUUUUUUCAGACUCUAUUUCAAUGGUCUAUAAGUUGUUCAAUUCACUGGAAAGAUCUUGUUCACUUUCUCAUCUUCAUCCACAGUUCAAAGUAUGAUUCAUUUCAUUUUUUUAAAUCAAUAUGUAGACUCUUGUUACAAACUGAAGAUAAAUAUUUGAAUUCAACUCCUUUUUAGCUGCUCCAAAGCUUCAUGAGGUUUCUCCAGACAGUCUCAAUGCCUUUACAUCAAGAUCAGCGCCUGUGAUAACUAGAGCACAGCAAUGUCACAAUGAAGAUAUGCGUAGACUUAAACUUCCAUGGUGGAAAAAGUUUUGGGAUGAAGACGAUGCUGAGAGGACUGAUGACAGGGGAAAAGCUGAAGACAUUGAACAAUUGAACUUCUAA